AUGCUGUUCGUUAUCGGACCUGGGCACGGCGCCCCGGCCGCACUGGCUGCCCUUUGGCUAGAAGGAUCGCUGGGGCGCUUCUACCCAAAUAAGUACUCUACCGACAGAAAGGGCCUCAACAAUCUGAUUACGAAGUUCUCGGUUCCCGGUGGAUUUCCAAGCCACAUCAACCCAGAGACGCCGGGGUCUAUACACGAGGGCGGCGAGCUGGGCUACGCGUUGGCCGUGUCUUUCGGAGCCGUCAUGGAUAACCCAGAUCUCAUUGUUACAUGCGUAGUCGGCGACGGCGAGGCGGAAAGCGGUCCCACCGCUGCCGCCUGGCAUGCCAUCAAGUAUUUGGAUCCUGCGGAAUCCGGAGCCGUCAUUCCAAUACUGCACGUUAACGGCUUCAAGAUUAGCGAGCGAACCAUCUUCGGAUGCAUGGACGACAAGGAGCUGCUUGCUCUCUUCUCCGGCUACGGCUACAGUGUUUGCAUCGUGGAGGCACUUGACCGAAUUGACGACGAGCUAUCUUGCGCGUUGGAGUGGGCGCUGUCCGAGAUACGACACAUCCAAAAGCGCGCGCGUCAAGGCAAGCCAUUGAUCAAGCCUCGAUGGCCGAUGGUGAUUUUGCGCACGCCAAAGGGCUGGGGUGGACCGAAGAAGGUGGACGGCAACUUUAUCGAGGGCUCGUUUCACUCUCAUCAAGUUCCACUGUCCAAAGCAAAAACAGACAAGGGCCAUCUCGAGAUCCUCGGCGAGUGGCUUGGUGGAUAUGGAGUAGGGCAGCUACUUCCUGAGGGCCGCCCUGCGAAAUCCAUCCUGGAGGUGCUCCCCAAGACCGACUCCAAGAAACUGGGCCAGGUCAAAUAUGGUUACGACGCGUACCAGCCCUUGGUCAUGCCAGAUUGGCGACCUUUCGCCCAGGACAAGGGUACUCAGGCCAGCAGCAUGAAGGAGACGGGCAAGCUGCUGGCCGCCGUCGCCUCGAAGAACCCCAAGGGCUUACGAAUGUUCUCACCAGACGAGCUAGAGAGCAACAAGCUCGAUGCCAUUCUCGACAACACGGGCCGCAACUUCCAAUGGGACGAGUACUCGCGCGCGAAAGGCGGCAGGGUCAUUGAGAUACUCUCCGAGCACAGUUGCCAGGGCUUCAUGCAGGGAUACACUUUGACGGGUCGGACGGCGCUCUUCCCCAGCUACGAGUCCUUUCUCGGCAUCAUCCACACCAUGGUGGUGCAAUACUCCAAGUUCAACAAGGUCGCCAGGGAAGUGGAUUGGCGACGCGACCUCAGCUCCAUCAACUACAUCGAGACGAGCACGUGGGCGCGACAGGAGCACAACGGCUUCUCGCACCAGAACCCGUCCUUCAUCGGGGCUAUACUGAACCUCAAAGCAGACGCGGCGAGGGUGUACCUGCCGCCAGACGCAAACUGCUUCCUUAGCACGGUGGAUCACUGCCUCAAGUCGAAGAACUACGUGAACCUCAUCAUCGGAUCGAAGCAGCCGACGGCCGUGUACCUCUCGCCCGAGGACGCCGCAGAGCAUUGCCGCAAGGGCGCCGCGAUUUGGAAAUUCGCGUCGAGCAACGACGGCAAGGACCCAGACGUGGUCCUCGUCGGGAUCGGCGUGGAGGUCACCUUCGAAGUCGUAAAGGCGGCGGAACUGCUACGCACCCUCGUACCGGAGCUCAACGUCCGCGUCGUCAAUGUCACCGACUUGUUUGUCCUCGCCGCCGAGUCCCGCCACCCGCACGCGCUGAGUCGCAAGGACUUUAUCGAAAUGUUCACCGACGACAAGCCCGUCUGCUUCAACUACCACGGCUACGAGAAAGAGCUGCAAGGUCUCAUAUUUGGCCGUCCCGGCUUGCAUCGCAUGACGGUCGAGGGCUACAAGGAGGAGGGUAGCACGACUACGCCUUUCGACAUGAUGAUUGUGAACGGCGUGAGCCGUUUCGACCUGGCAAAGCGGGCACUGAGGGCGACUUCGGAACAGAAGACCUCUCUGCAAGCCAAGGUGGACGAUUUGCUAGCAGCAGUAAAUUCGGAACUGGCCAAAGUCAAAGACUACAUUUCGUCUGAGGGCAAAGAUCCAGACGACUUAUAUGACAUGCCAACAGGGAUAUAA